CAUACUACUGACUAUUUCCAACACGGAUGAGUCAGCUUCGUCGUCCGCCGACAGCGCCGACGUUCAGGAACACGUGGCGCUGUAUUUAAGAGGAACACAGAGCGGUGCCGUUCAUUCCGCCAGGGAUUGAUAUCUGGUGUUUGCAGUAGCAGUGUACAGUAUAGGGAUUAUAGAGUCGCCGAUCAAUAUACCCACGGAGAUGAGCAAAAGAAAAGCACCGCGAGCCAGUAAUUGCUGGGUUUCUUCACUCUCUAAUCAAACGUCAAAGAUGGAGUUUCUGCUAAAUGUCGCGAUUUGGGCACUUUUGCUGGUCCACGUGGACUCUGCAGGGAAGGAACAUUCCUUAGUGGAUCAUUUGAACAAUAUGAAGGUUUCCUCCUUACACGCUGAUGAACCUCCAUCAUCAUCAUCCUCAUCAUCCUCUAGCUCGUAUAAUGGAUCUGAGCCAAUUGCAGAAGCUGAGAAUACCACAGUGGACACCGCUGUGCUACAUGGGAGCCUGGAUUACCUAAACUCCACAACCUUGAAUGAAACCUCCGAUUUGGACCCAAGCACACUGAUCCAACCCAAAGCUAAGGAAAAUAACACAGGCAAUGACACUAAAAUCAAACUUCCAGAAAAGCUAUUGCCAAAGGCCCUGGCUGAAAUAACCUCACACCACCUGUCCUCCUCCAACACCACCCUCUCCAACUCAACCACCAACACCACCACCGCUGCCGCCGCCGCCACCACCAACGCCACCGCCUACACCACUCCUACCUCCAACCCCCCAAAUACAGAGCAGACACCCUCCUUCACCCAAACUCUCAGCACACCUACCACCAUAUCCCACCAGCCCAACCCAGCCCCAAACACCACAACUACACCCGCACCCACACCCUCCCACCCUAGCGGACCAGCUGCCCUUACCAGCAGCACCAGUGGCAGCUCGAUCCCUGCCACCGAAGCCCCAAAAGAUGUCCCCAGUACCACGCAGCACGGAGAGCUCUCCUCUGCACGCCCUAAGAUCACUGCUGAAACCUCCAGGGCAGGCACGCUGGCGUCAUCCACCACCACAUCGAGCAACUCCUCCACCCAGACCGAAGCACAUGCCAACACCCCCUCUCCGCUCAGCGUGGAAGUCACUGAGAAGGCUGUAGACCCCCUAGUGGCGGGUCUGGUGUCGGCCUUCAUCGCCACCGCAGUCGUCAUCACCCUUCUGCUCUUCCUCAAACUGCGCAGGAGAGACAACCGGCCCCAGUUUCACAGGCUCCAGGACUUGCCGAUGGAUGACAUGAUGGAGGACACGCCUCUGUCCAUGUACAGCUACUGAUGGAGAGAGGGUGGAGGGGCAGGCAGCAGCCACCAGACGGCCUGAAAGUCCAACACAACCUCACAGUAGUCUCUCGAUAAGAGUGCCCUUUCCUUUCUCUGCACCACAAAGAAGGGAUACCGGGUUAGGUCUGUUACGCCUGUUCUGUAAGUUCAGUUGAAUAUGCAUCUAGAUCCUCAGAGAUGGCGGCUGAAACGGCAAUUGAGAAAUAAGGAUGUUGCCCAUGUUGGGAGGAUACCUCUAACAAAAUGUAAAUGCUCAACUAUGGAUAAAUAUAUAUUAUAUAUUGUGAGACCUUACCACACAACCACAACUUAGGCAACAACACCUGAACACCUGAUAUAAUUUUUUUAUUGUUUUUGAGGGUUUAUGUUAAGAGACCUUAGGAUAAGGAUAUGAUGAGGCGGAAUUACACACUUCAUUCUCGUGUUCUUACCGAGAAGAAAAAAGCAGUAGCACCAGCUGGCUGGGUUCACAAUAGCUGUUCUUUUGUGUCAUCAAUAUAUUUGAUGAGUUUGUUUUGGAGGAAGGUAGUGGUAAUCUGUUAGGGAUCCAUCUAUGAUCAGCCUUGGUCGCCCCACUUCCCUGCUGCUUGCCAUUUUAAAGGUCUGAUCGUUGGGCUACUAGGCCUGAGUGGGGUAUUAAACAAUUAUUUAACUGAUGCAUGGGAGUAAGUUGUUCUGUUUUGGGUAAGGAGGAAGAUCAGCUUUUUGUGUCAAAAUACCCAAGGGAUGUAUUAGGAUCUUAAUACACUAAAAAUGGCAUGUCAGUAGUAUCCAAUUACCAAAACCAAACACCAUGGUUGGGUCAUGCUAUUGAAUCCAACUGUAGUCAUGCAUCAGUUAAGGAUUGUACGUUUAAAGAGUACCUACACACUAGAUUACUUUGGGGGUUUUCCUAUUCUAAAAAAAUUAACUAAAACCGUGAAAGGCUUUGUACACUGCAUGGAUCAUCUUUAAAACAAGACAAAUCAUUAGCAAAGGUCUGUCUAUGCUAUUAUAUAAAACACCAUCUAAAGUGUUAUUAUUACAUUGGUCAUCCAAACAUUAGAUUAACAACUGCCUUCAUUUAUGUUUUAUGGUGCAUUAACGAUGAUACAUUUGUUUUUCCUAUGUUUCUCAUUCUUAGCUUCGUAAUUUAUAACGGCUACAAGAUUUUGCUAUAAAAUAGAUUUUGCGAUCAUUGGCGCGACAAUUUUAAUUAAAACUUCACAUUCAGCCAUUCUAAUACAUUGCUCUGGUAGUGUAUUAAUAGUCAGGUGUUAUGGUGUUGACAUCCAAUUAUCGAAAACACUGAUGUAAAAAAAAAUAGGGUGAUAGAAGCAUCAGUACUGGCUAGAGGAGGACUCUAAUCUCUGAUAGGAAGCAGGAUAUCAACAAGGUGAUCUCGUUGGUAUUUACUCUUUUACAAGGUUGCACUUUAUGUUUAAAGGAUUGCAGAAAAGGGAAAAAAGUUAAUAGUUUAUGUGAUUGAGAUGUGAGGUGUGUGUGUGUGUGUGUGUGUGUGUGUGUGUGUGUGUGUGUGUGUGUGUGUGUGUGUGUGUGUGUGUGUGUGUGUGUGUGUGUAUAUUUGCGCAUGCCCGCGCGUGUGUGUCUGUCCAUACUUUCGCAUCGUUUGUCUAUGUGUUUACACAUAUUUUUAAAUGUGCACGGGUCGAUAUGGUAGAGGGUAUUUAAGUGUUUUUACUGAAUGCAAAAUACUGCUGUACUUUCUUUUGCUUUAGUGUUUAUUUUUUAUUCUUUCCUGAGAUCAAUAGUCCAAGAUAGUGCCUUGUACAGGGUAGGGACGACUCUUAUUGUAUACUGUGUAUGUCUGUAUUGUAUUCAUAUUCACACGCUCUAUUCUCUCAGCUCUACCAGUCAUUCAAAGUGCAAUGCUUUCAUCCCAACACAAGCAGACACAUAGGACUUUGGUGCAGCUCGUACAUGCCUGAAUUUGCCCAAUGGGCCUGAGCAGAUUCCUGUGUUUGUCCAUCAUUCAUACCGGGGCAAAUCAAAGUUAUAAUCUGCCUCCCUUUUAGAUACGUAAGAAAGAAAGUUGUUGGUUUGCUACAGAUGACGGGUGCAUCAAGCCAGGCAAAUCGAUAGAAAACAAAAGUAAUGUCGCUCACACUUUCAACUUUAUGAAGAGUUGACUGAAAGGCAUCUUCCAUUGGUUAUAGUUCUAGAACCUUGAAGAAAUAAAAAAAAUGUACGUGUUAAGUUGAACACUGAGUGUGAAUAAGAACAAACGUGCAUUUAUUGAAUCGGAAAACUUGCCAAUUAUUUCUCAUAAUGCACUGCCUAAAAUUAACUUGCCAUUAUCUGUUGUGUAGUUGCUUGAUAAUACAUGUUCCAUGACUAGCAAUGUGUAGUCAUUAAUUAAACACGCCAGCUUAUUUUUUACAUUAAAGCAUUAAUGUGUUAACAUCAUUCAUUGCAUUAUCAGGAUUUCAAUUCUGCUGUAGAUAAUGGCCUGAUCUCUUGAUGUUUGAUUAAAGUUAUUUUUUAAGCCAUGCUCUGCAUUAGUUAUUUCUCUCUUGGUCUAUUUUGAUGUUUGAGGAACUUCCUAUGAAUAAACCUUUAAUGACAGAUUUAAAUAGGGCACGUAAAAGGCAACAGAACCAUCUUGAACACAAACUUAAUUUGUUUAAGCAGACACGAAAAGCUCCUUUAUUUGUCAUUCUAUUACAGUUAAAUGGUUGAUAGAUGCAUUUGAGUUGCAAGAGAACAGCCCAACUCAUCCGGUCAUUAGGCCAUCAUCACUAUCAGUCCACAACAACACACAAAUGCCUCCUUUCUUUACAACAGCCACUCAUUAGAUGGUACUGUAUUAAUCCUACGCAGGGAAUACUAGCUCACGUUAUUAUAUCAAAAUACUGUGUUUCUUUUACAAUGUUGCUUAUUUGAAGGAUUGCCGUAAAUGAUGUCUGUCCUGCCUCGAUUUUACUGAAUGUUCUUUGCUAAUGAAUCAGAUAUAUUGCUCUCUCAAAAUAAACACAAGUGGGCUGAUUCAUCUUUGGAUGACGCCCAAACGGGGAGAUGGGAUCGAAACAGAAUACUAGGGUGGGACUUAACCUAGGAAGGAUGUGUAUCGUUCCAACCAUCAGCAGCAGGGUUACUUUACUGAUGAGUCAGCAAUAUAAUAAUAUAAUAUAAAUUAAUGUUGUUGUGAGGGAAAAUACCAUUCUGGCCAGC